AUGGCAUACAAUGGCGUUGUGCGAGAGAGGGCUCCGAUACCCUUCCGGACACCCAUUGCCACCACAACCAGAGUCGGCAACUCCUCUCUGACGCACUCUUUGCCGCCUGUGGGCACUGGUAUGCGAGCGCACUGUCUGUCCAACGCCUGUGCGCUCACACAAUAUGGACGCGCAGAUAGUUUGCCGCCAAUUAAUUGUGUCUUAAGAUCGCAAUCAAUUGGUCCACUCAUUGUCACCAGUUAUCUCGCGUUUACCACAAAUGGGUGUCACAUCGCGUACUGCAUGUCACCCGCAUUAACGCCGCAAAAGUCAUUGCUUUUCAUACCAUUCCUCUGA